AUGCCUCCACGAAUCUCUAUUCUCAAACAACUCCCACACUAUCUGGUAAUAAACAAACCUCCAGCUUGCUAUUCUCAACCCCCAGAUACUUCUCCUGCAAACAAACAACUUGAACUUCAUGGAAUCUCCCCCAAUGAUACUGUUCUUGCCCACCUACGUCACGACAAUAGAGCUCUCUUUGAUGAGUCCAAACUUACCCCUCCAUUUUGCCCCCCCAAACUUGUCCACCGACUUGACUACCCAGUAAGUGGUGCCAUGGUAUUAGCUACAAGUACCCAAGCUGCUGCCCAUUUUGCCAAAAACCUCAAACAUGGCGGCUCCAAAGGUUGGGUCUUACAGAAAUAUUAUGCCGCACUGGUUCUUGGAUCUCCCAAAACUUCCUCAUCUUUCCUCCAAAAAACAAUCACUUGGACUCCAGAUAUUAUAACCCCAGAAGGUACCACCAUUAAAACAGGAAUUAUUGCCAAAUAUAUUGAUGGUAAAUCUGCAUUUACACGAUUCUGGAUCCCUCCUCAACCAAAAACUUCUCCUAGUCUUCCAUAUUCCCUCGUCCUUUUCUCCCCACUCACAGGUCGCAAACACCAAAUCCGUAAGCACGCUGCAGAAGUCCUCCAUACACCCAUCCUAGGCGACUCCAUUUAUAUCGAAUCCAUCGAUCGUAAAAAAUCAAAACUUGAUUCAAUCACCAAAAAUACUCCUCUCACACCUCUAGCCGAUCUUUCAGCUCUAUACCCUGUCAAUGGCAUAGCCCUCCACUCUUACAUGGUCCAUCUAGAAACUGGGCUUGCAAAAUCAUCCAUCCAAGCUCCCUUCUUCCGCAAUACAGAAGCUUGGGACCCAUUCCUCACAAAGGACAGGCUUCUUCCAGAUAGCAUAUACACUUCAUGCGUGGCUGAAAAAAUCAAACUCACAUAA